CAUAUCCGGUUCAGAGGUAGCUCUGGCACCGGGAAAAGCUUCAGGCAGAGCGUGCUGAGCUCCCUGCACGCCCGCUUGCACGCCCAGCUCCACGCAGAUGAUGCUCGCCUCCAUUCUGCAGAGCUGCGUCCAGCUCCUCGUCUUGCCUGCGCACGUAUUCACCUACCUGGGCUUGUGGGACUCCUUCUAUAAGAAAGUUUUUCCGUAUAUCAUGGCUAAGAUGGCGCCAGCCUACAACCAUAAAGUCUACAAGCAGAAACAAGCCCUGUUCAGCAACCUGCGAACAUUUGCAGGCCCUUCGGGCCAGCUCACCUUGCUGGAAAUUGGCACGGGCACCGGCACCAAUUUCCAGUUCUACCCACCAGGCUGCCGGCUCACGUGCACCGACCCUAAUCCCAAUUUCCGCAAGUUCCUCCUCAAGAGCCUCUCGGAGAACCAGCACCUCAAGCUCGAGCGGUCGGUGGUCGCCUCUGGCGAGGACCUGCAUCAGAUUCCGGACGGCAGCAUGGACGUGGUGGUGAGCACCCUGGUGCUGUGCUCUGUGAGCAGCGUCCAGAAGGUCCUGGCCGAAGUUCUGCGGGUGCUCAGGCGGGGUGGAGCUUUCUACUUCUUGGAGCAUGUGGCUGCAGAUCAUUCCAGCUGGACCUACUUUUGGCAAAAGGUCUUUGACCCACUCUGGAAGUGUUUUGGAGAUGGGUGUUCCUUGAGCAGAGAGACGCAGAAGGAGCUGGAGAAAACUAAUUUCUCAGAACUGAAUUUAAAGCACAUUUAUGUCACACCUUACUGGAUCCCUUCUAGUCCUCAUAUCAUUGGGUAUGCAGUAAAAUAAAGGACUGUGAGCACUGCAGGACACGGGACCUCUCUUCAGCACUCCUUCCAUGCUUUAAAUGAGGUUUUUCACUGGAUAGCACCCUUACAGCCAACCCAUAUACAGCAGCUAGCAGCUAGAAAGAAGAAAAACAUGGAAAACAGUGAGCAUCCACAGCUCAUGCAAACCAGGAAUCACUCUCCUUUUGUUAGACAGGCUUUCUGGGUAAAGUUCUUAAAUAGAGCUGUCACACAAGGACCUGGCAAACUGGAAAGAAGAAUAGACAACACAUUUCAGACAAUACAAAAUAAAGAGUCAGCAUCUUAGAGAGCUGAGAAAGGAGAGAGCGAAGAAAGGGAACAGAAAAUACAUGCAAGCAAGAACAGAGAGCUAACAUUUCCUAAUGGCGGAGAAUAAUGCCCAACCGUUCACGUUUCCAAUACAGGACACAUACAUAAUAGAUACAGCAUCAGUACGAGCAUUUUCAUUUCAGUCUUCCCAUUAUGAACUACCUUUAGGAGCAGGCGUUCAUUCACCCAUGCCAGUACAAGUCCUCCCUGACAGGAAUUCUGUUUUUUCAGGGAAGUGCUCAUUAGAGCACCAGUUUGCCAUACAUAGUUCUCACUGGCCGUUAGAUGCUGAUGUUAUCAGCACAGACUUAACUCAAAACAGCAACCCAGAAAGCCAAAAACUGUUCUUACACUGGGAGAAAAUUGGUUUUUGUUAAAUCCGGUGGCAGAAACCUCAUCUCCACUGUAAAAUGCUCUCUGUUACUAGGGCAGCUGUGUCCUCAAAGCCCUUUGGUCAUGCUCUGCUAAUGUGUUUCACCUGUGCUUAAACUCUUCACUUUCUACUCUCCUGGUGAGCUAGAUCACACCUGUAAGAUGUCUUUUUUUAAAAGCCAUGAGUUGCAUUAGAAAUGUUUUCCAGUUAAACUCCUCUAGGACACCAAGAGAAGGUGCUGCCUUCUUGGCCACAGUUGAGUCUUUUCUAUGAUUUCCUACAGUAUAGCAGCAAAGCAUUAAAGCCCAGUACAGAUUAUAUUUAUAAUGCACUUCUUGACUCUAUUUUGUCCUUCACACACUUCCAAGCGCUCUAUACAGAAAGUACAUCUGAAGUAAUUCCAUUGUUCAGAUUUGUUUCUCUAAUGUAGUUACCACAAGGUAGAGGAAUGAAGAUAUGACAACCGAGUUUGUUAAUAAAGCAGUCUAAUAAUGA